AUUCUGAGCUGAGACUAAUUAUUUUAUCCCCAAAAUUUUGAUUAUUUGAACAUCCCACACAUAUACUUUUCUCCGAGUAAGACAGAAUACCCCAACUGAGACGACUUUUCAGUUUCAGUCCCUCUGUUCCCACUCUUCUCAUUUCAUCAUUCUCUCUAUAAAUUUGGUAGCCGACAAUUUCUCCGACCAAUCUUCUCUUUCAUCGCCCGCCCGGAAUUCUCUUCACUUGGCUUAUCCAGAAGUUUCGCCGGGAAAUCAAGAUUUUUUUUCUGAGAUUCGAGAUUUUAGUUUGAGCUCCUCCUAAAAUUUGCUUAACUUAAGCUGCUUUUUUGUUUGUUUGGAAACCAAUUUGCGUGAAGAUUGAAUUUCACCGUUUUGCAUCGCCGCCGGUGGGUUUGUUUGCCGGAUUUUAUUGUCUGCUGAGCUUUGAGUUGAUUCUUUGCCGAAAUUAUUUGUUGGUCAGAGCUGGGGGUUGACUGGUAGAUGCUGAGAAAGCUAAACCCUAGAAAAGUUUCAUCAUAAAUGUCCAAAAGUUUCCCUUUUUAGCGACCCCAAAGGACCGUGGAACAUCUGCGCCGCCAUGCCGGUCGAUGCCGAUAACUCCUCCGCCGUGAACGACUCCACCGGUUCCGGCGAAGCCAGCGUCUCUUCAUCUGGGAAUCAAGCGGCUCCUCCAAAAGCAACCAGCAAGAAAAGGCGAAACCUCCCCGGAAUGCCAGAUCCUGAUGCAGAGGUGAUUGCUUUAUCACCCAAGACUCUAUUAGCUACAAAUAGAUUUGUUUGUGAAAUCUGCAACAAGGGGUUUCAAAGAGACCAGAAUUUGCAGCUUCACAGAAGGGGUCACAAUCUGCCAUGGAAGCUAAGGCAGAGAUCAAGCCAGGAGGUGAAGAAGAAGGUUUAUGUUUGCCCUGAACCCACCUGCGUUCACCAUGACCCUUCUCGAGCUCUCGGCGAUUUGACCGGAAUCAAGAAGCACUUCUGCCGGAAGCACGGCGAGAAGAAGUGGAAGUGCGAUAAGUGCUCCAAGAAAUAUGCAGUCCAGUCUGAUUUGAAGGCUCAUUCCAAGAUUUGUGGCACCAAGGAGUAUAAAUGUGAUUGUGGGACUUUGUUCUCAAGGAAAGAUAGCUUUAUUACACACAGGGCAUUCUGUGAUGCUUUAGCAGUGGAGAGUGCUAAAGCUCAGACAGACAUGGCAGCUCCAACUGCUGAUGAGGAACCAGUCCCUCCAUCAUCUUCACCGCCACCGCCACCGCCAGCCAUAGCCCCGCCACCUCCGCCACCAGUAACCCCGCAGUCAACACCUGCAAUACCCUCGGUUUUGGCUGUUCAAAAUCCAGGGUUGCCGGAGAAUCCGAGCACAAAUCCUGCUGGAUCCACCCCCAAACAGGUAGUGGAAGAAACGACGGUGAUAGCAAGCUUAACCGGGAGCUGUAGCUGUAGUAGCAGUUCGAGCAGCAAUGGAAGUAGUAGCAGCAGUGUAUUUGCGUGCUUAUUUGGAUCGGCAACACCUUCGGGGACGUCUAGAUCUCAGGCCUCGGGAUUUGCUGACAUGUUUCAAUCCAUGGGGGCUCCCGAGAAGACGCUUGAAAUAGCACCUCAGCCAUCGUCCAAAGAAACCGUAUCUCUCUGCCUAGCAAUGAACCACGGUUCGUCAAUCUUUGGCCCGGGUAGUCAAGAUCGAAGGCAGUUUGGUCCAGCACCCCAACCCCCGGCCAUGUCUGCAACCGCAUUACUACAGAAGGCUGCUCAGAUGGGCGCAGCAGCAACAAACUCGUCGUUUCUAAGGGGGCUCGGGAUUGUUUCCUCGUCCUCGCCUUCUAGACAAAUUGAGACCGAUGGGGCAUCGUUGGCUACUGCAGGCCUGGGGCUCGGUCUGCCCUGCGAUGGGGGUUCGGGUUUGAAAGAACUGAUGUUGGGGACCCCCUCCGUCUUCGAUCCCAAACAUCCAACUCUCGACCUUCUGGGAUUAGGGAUGGCUGCCGGUGGAGGCCCUUCCCCGGGGCUUUCUGCUCUAAUGACUUCCAUGGGUGGGAACAUCGAUGUGGCUGCUGCAGCAGGAUCAUUCGGGAGCACAGAUUUCUCCGGCAAGGACAUAGGCAGAAGCUCGUGAGAUUGAUCAACAUACCUCGUCGAGGAUCAAACGAAGACGAGAAAUGCCAUAAAUGAAUCUAGCGAGGUACUAAUGACUCUUUUGCUUUCCUUACAUGCUAUAAGGAAGAAAUCCUAAUCUUUCCACUGUAAUAUACCCCCCAAAAAAAAACAAAAUGGAGGUGUUAUUUGGUUAGAAUGUAAGUAUUAUUAAUAAAUUAUAUUGAGUGGAAAAUUAGCAUCAACAUUGUAGUUUUGUUAUUGGGUGAGUGGAUGAUGCACUCUCCACAAUUGUUGUAUCUGAACAGCUCUAUAAUUACUCCCC